UGUUUGAAAAUGAAUGAUAUGCAGCUCUGGUUGUAGACACAGUGGUAGGUUGGAGUAUAUGCGUGUGUGUUUCCCGGUAAACUGAAGCCACAUCAUUUAUUGAAAGGAGACAGGAAAAGCAGACGAUUCCAGUCUAAACCCGUGAACAACAAACCAUUUUCCAGCAAUGCAAUUGACAGCGUGUGAACCCACCUCGAUGUCUGAGGCCGUGGUGAUGGAACCUCCUCAGACCGGCGGCUUCCUGAACUCAUCAUGUGGUACAGGACACAGUGCUGCUUCCUUCGAUGAGGGCACUGUGGACACAGCAAAUGAGUCUUCAGAGGAAGAGUGCACUGGGGAAAGGGAAGAUGAGUUUGCAGUUACCAGCAGCACCAAGGCUACAGAGCCCCUGGCUGAACAGAACUCAAACACACAACAUGUGAAUUCCCAGCGUCCAGACUCCCUGUCGUUGUCGGUGGCAACAGAGCCAGGUCUGUGGACAUCACAGCGCGAUGCAGAGGUGAAACUCAGGAUUGGCGACUCCGGUGUGGCUGCUGAGACCCCUUUGACUGUUAACGAGAUGUUUGCCUCAACCGUGAAGCGCUUUGGUGACUACACCGCUUUGAGUUGGAAAGAGGGCGAGCAGCAAAAAAAACUCAACUACAAAGAUUAUUACCAGGCCUGCCGCACUGCCGCCAAGAGCUUCUUAAAGCUUGGUUUGCAGCGCUACCACGGUGUGGGCAUCCUGGGCUUUAAUUCUGCGGAGUGGUUUAUCGCUGACAUUGGAGCUAUUUUGGCAGGAGGGUUUGCUGUGGGGAUCUACACCACCAACUCUCCUGAGGCAUGCCAGUAUGUAGCAGAAAACAGUAAAGCUAAUGUCAUUGUUGUGGAGAACCACAAACAGCUGCAGAAAAUCCUUCAGAUUGAAGACAAGCUGCCUCACCUGAAAGCCAUUAUUCAGUAUAAAGAUGCACUAAAAGAGAAGAGACCAAACCUGUACACAUGGGAAGAGUUCAUGGAGCUCGGACGUGACGAGCCUGACGCGCCUCUGGAUGCAAUCAUCUCCAGCCAGAAGCCCAAUCAAUGCUGCACACUCAUCUACACCUCAGGAACCACAGGGCAGCCCAAAGGAGUCAUGCUGAGCCAUGAUAACAUAACUUGGACUGCUCUCUCCACUGGCAAACAUGUGCAUCUCACGGACGCCAAUGUGGCUCAGGAGUUGGUGGUCAGCUACCUACCGCUGAGCCACAUCGCAGCUCAGAUGGUCGACAUCUGGGUCACCAUGAGGGGUGGAGGGGUGACUCAUUUCGCACAACCAGACGCCCUGAAGGGUUCGCUGGUAAAUACUUUGAAGGAAGUGCGUCCCACAGCCUUCAUGGGCGUCCCACGCGUCUGGGAGAAGAUGCAAGAGAAGAUGAAAUCUGUUGGAGCAAAGUCUUCAACUGUGCGCAGGAAAGUGGCGGCUUGGGCCAAAGAUGUCGGUCUACAGACUAACCUGACCAAGAUGAACCAAAACGCAGCAGCCGGCCGCUCUCCGUUCAGCUAUCACAUAGCAAAGAAGCUUGUGUUCAAAAAGGUGCGCAAGGCCCUGGGCUUGGACCGCUGCACCAAGUGCUACACAGGUGCUGCCCCCAUUACCAAAGACACCCUGGAGUUCUUCCUCAGCCUUGACAUUCCUCUGUAUGAACUCUACGGCAUGAGUGAAUGCACUGGCCCUCACACCAUCUCCGGGCCCGAGGCCUUCAAACUCACCAGUUGUGGUAAAGAGAUCCCAGGGUGCAAAACAAAGCUGCACAACCCCGACGAAGAAGGAAAUGGUGAGAUCUGCUUCUGGGGUCGCCACGUCUUCAUGGGUUACCUCAACAUGCCCGACAAGACUGAAGAAGCUCUGGACGCAGAGGGUUGGCUGCAUUCUGGUGACCUGGGCAAACACGAUGAGAACGGAUUCCUCUUCAUUACUGGAAGAAUUAAAGAGCUCAUCAUCACUGCAGGUGGUGAGAACAUCCCUCCCGUCCCCAUUGAGGAUUCUGUGAAAGAGGCCAUACCACUGAUUAGCAAUGCCAUGCUGAUUGGAGACAAGAGGAAGUUUCUUUCCAUGCUGCUUACCAUUAAGUGCCAAGUGAACCCAGAGACGGGCGACCCUGAGGACGAGCUGACGCCAGAAUCUGUGGAGCUCUGCAGGAAUCUGGGCAGCAACGCCACACGCGUUUCUGAGAUUGCAGGCGAGCGAGACCGUGUGGUCCACACUGCCAUCCAGGAGGGAAUCAACCGGGUCAACGAGAAGGCAACUUCCAACGCCCAGCGCAUUCAGAAGUGGCUCAUUCUGGAUCGGGACUUCUCUGUUGGUGGAGGAGAGCUGGGUCCAACGAUGAAGCUGAAGCGUCCAGUGGUGCUGAAGAUUUACAAGGAGCAGAUUGACAACUUUUACAAGGAGCUGGCAACUCCAACAACCCUGGACAACCCGCUGCCUCCCAAGUAGAUGAUGCUGCGGCUGCAAGUAGAUCCAGAAGCACUCCACCUCAUUGGUCCAAAGUCUCCCUGAUAUCAUCUUGUUCCUGUAUAAAUGUUUUGGGUUGUUUUGCCUUAAGUUCUACUCAUUCUGUCUUUGUUGACUUUUGUGAAUGUUGUACAGAUGAGAACUGAGAGGAAGCCAUUGUGAAAUAGCUUUAUAAUUUUGAAAAUAUGUUGAAUCCAGCUAUUUAUUUGUAUCUCUUAAGAGGAACAGUAAGAUGAAGUAUCAGCAGAGAGUUACAUGUAGGAAAUGUUUCACUGUAACACUUGAGCUAAAGAGACAGAAUCCAAAAAAGAAGAAAAACGCACACAACAGGGUGUCUUUGAAACGAUAAUUAGCAUUCAUAUUUAUUUUUGACUAAAUUUGUUUUUACCAAAAAAUAGAAUCAAAUGAAGAAGCAUUUCUGGAAACACUGCAGGGUAACGGUUUCCUGCUCUUUACAUGUUUUGGGUAUUUUUUGUGUCUUUUGUCAGCUUUGCUUUAAAGAACAUAUUCAUAUAUUUUAUGUUUGUUUGAAAAGUAAAAAAGGUUCAUCAGCUAUUUUAAAAUCCAAAACAUGAAGCCAUAUCUGUUGCUUUUUGUAUUUUAUUGUCAUACUGUGUUCUAUUUGUGCAGACUCAUUUAACAAUGUAAUUUUGUGGGAUAUUGUAAAUAUGAUUUGCCUUUAUCACAGUUCACCUGGCUUUAUUUUUUUUCUCCAGUCUGCCAGCAGCGCCAAAAUGUCAUGCACUCAUGUAGACAUGAUGAAAUGUACAUAAGCUCAAAUACUUCAGAAUAUAUCGGCUGCGUACAGCAUGUUUUUAUCAAUCUGUUGCCAAAAUAUAUACUAAAUAUUUGAAGUUUUGUUCAUGCUGAAGAUGCUCGCUUCACAAACCAGAAUAUAAACUGCUAAAAGAAGUGACUGCACAGCUGAUCUGUACAUGCCGUAAUUGUAUAUAAGCAUAUUCUAGGUAAAUGCAGUGUGCAGUUAAAGGACAGUUUGAUGGUUAUGGUUCUCUGUAAAUAGCUGAAGUUAAAAGUAAAUGAGUUCAGAUAAAGAAAGGAAAGGAAAUGACGGCGAUCCAGUGUCUGGGUGGGCGAGUUCUGCAGCUCAAUCUAGAUGAUAAAACUUAUUAAACAAACCUAAUGUGUCCAUAAAAAAGUUUUCUAUUUAAGAUA